AUGGCGGCGACCGGCGAAAUUGCCCAAAUAUUCUGCACCAACGGCGAAACCAUAGAAACAACGCGACGGACUCUGAGCCGAGCUCCCAACUCGCCGCUGGCCACCGACCCCAACUGCGCCGUCCAAUACGACGCUCGGAUCGUCAGCAUUCUGAUAGACGCCCUCCGUCGCCAUGACAUGAGCCUAGUCGUUCCAGAAUCCUUCGACCAGUGGGCUCAACUCUCCAGUGCGGCUCAGAAGUUGAAGUUGGCGCCAACUCCGGAAGCCGUCUUUCCCUCGACGAUCACGAUCGCUUGUCACGCAGCUCUGUCCACCGGCAGACUCAACCCAGAAGUCACCUUCAGGAAAGUUCUUCGGAUCGUCGUCGCCGGCAAGGUUACCAUGUGUCGCAGCGUUUUCGGCGACAGUCUCAACGAACGUCGCGAUGGAGGCGGGGCCGACUUUGAAAUGGACCGAUACACGUCGCGGUAAAAUUUCAGCUCGCUGCUAACAAAAAACUUGAUUUUCCUCCCUCUCAAAAUCGAAAAUCGCAACCUUUCUACCAUAAUCGAUCCUACAAACGGUUAAAGAAGCCUCGUAAAAAAAUAUUAAGCUGAAAAAGUUAACAGAGAAUCUUCUUCGAAGGUUGAAGUUCGACUUUUCAAAAAAAAAAAAGAUUUAAAAAUACUUUGAUGAUCUCGAAAUUCAACUUUUAAUAACGAUUUCUUAUUUAAUUUUAUGUUCUGCAAAUAAAAAAAUUUUUUUCCAAGAUUCUCAAUCUCACACGUUCGUGUGAUAAUAAUUCGAAAAGUCAAAACUUCCAAUCUCAAAAACAAAAACAAUGUCUGUGCGAAGAAAACUCAAAAUUUUACUCUAAGAAAAGCGAGUUAAUCAAAAAAACACAAUUCUUAUCUCUAUGGCAACUUCUCAUUUUUCUGACUAAAGUCUACUAUUUUUUCUCCCCCUCGCAUAUCUCAAUUGCUAAAAAAGUCCCUUUUUUUGCAAUUCUGAAGACAAGGGUCUACAAAACAACUCGCUCCGUAAAUAAGUUAGAGAAAACACACACGUUCUUUACGAAGUGAAAUGAAAUGCCUCGCGGGGAAAUAUAGCAACAAAAAAUAGAUAUGAGGAAACUCAUAAUUUAAUGGCGUCGGGUAGACAAACUUCAUUUCGCUAUGAAUUCACUAUUUCAUGGUUACAAACCGAAGAGAUUUUAUGAGGAACCUUUUUCCUUUGACAAAUUAGGAAUAUUGAGACAUAAGUGAGCCACAGUUUCAAAACAAUAAGUUUUAUUGUCAAAUCAAAAUUUUUUUGAAAAAAUCAAUCAAAAAAGAAUAAUUCUAUCCGGCUAUAAAUUAUAUAUUUGUUUGUUCUAAACCUAUGAAUAGCUCUUCUGAUAUUCGAGAAAUUUCCGAAAAAAGUUAUCAGAAUAAUACAGCAAUCUAUCCAUACAAAAGUUUUACGCGCUUUCAAAAACUCCAUGGAAAAAGAAAAACUUUGAAACUUCACAAAUUUAAACACAGAUUCUCGGGAAACACAGUUUUCAUAGAAAGACAUGAAAAUGAGCCUUAUUUUAAAACUAAAAUUUCAGCUUUUUCCUAAAGCACAGCAACUUGGAGCGAGCUUUCGACCAACUAGCUGCCGGCGGCUACCGCUUGACUCAAGCAAACACCUUCGCUCCAUCGCAACUUCAGGUAUCCCUUUUUGAAAGCUUCUCAUCUUUUAGUUUCUAGUUGGCCGAAAGUCCCAGAGCCAAACGAAAGAAUGAAAAAACACGUGUAAGAGGCCCCGAUAUUUAACAAAGUUCAGAAGCACGCCAACGACGACGUCCAAUUCAUCCAUCAUUCGCAGUUUUUGUUCAUUCGCCAGCCCAAGGUUAGCCCGCACCGUUGA